AUGGUGGACGAGCUCAAACGUCGUACUUCCAACUUCUUUCCUGUGGCCGAUAUAUCUGAUAAUGGCUUGGUCACCCCGUUGGGGCCGGCGUUAUCUCCAAAUUUGGACCUUUUUCCACCACUUCUGGGCCAUGUGAGUCAGCCGCUUUUGCAGAAUGGACAGCAGUUGCAAAAUGGGCAGUUAACAAAUGGGCAGUUGCAAAAUGGACUGGCUCGGGAUUACUACAUGGACGAGCCUCCAGCUGUCAACAACAGGAACUCAAGUCUAUUUUCGACUCCCUCGUUUCUAUCGCCAGAGCAGUCGUUUUCGCUGAAUCUUCUUGGAGUCAGCGGUCUGUCGUUGAGUGGGCUGAUAUCACCAUAUGCUACAAGACUCGGCGAGUCUUCUGGGCCCUCCAGUGUUCGUAUCAGUUACAGUGCACCAAAUAUUCUCAACGAUACAUCGUUGGGUCGCAAGUUAGACUUCAGCUUGAGCCAGCAGCUACAUAAUCUCGGCUUGGACGAACCAAGCCAUUUGAAGGAUCCAUUCUCCGACAAGUACCCAUUUUCGCUCCGUCUGGAGUCGCCCAAAGUCGGACACCGCCUGUCAAUUUGGAGUACCACCCAUCGAGAGGAAACACCUCUGUUGAGAGAAAGCGGGAACGGCCGCAACCGACCAUUUUCCGAGUCAUUGACACCACCAGAAAUGUUUGAAGAAAAGAAAAAAAAUAGUUCUCGUCAUAAGACAUCAAAAUUCCUUUCCGAGUCUCCCGCCAGCACCAGGCGGACGAAUAGUGCGGACCAUUCGGUGGAUCCUUUAUUAGUGGUGAAAAAACCGGUUGAUGGUGGCCAGAGACACAAUAAAUCUAAAAAUGGCAUAAAACCAAGGGAAAAAGACCCCAGCAACUUACCAAAAGUGGUUGUUAAAUUCUCCAAUGUGGAUCGGGAAUACUUGGAUUUCCGACCUGAAGAAGGUGAAUCUUUAGGGAAACUUUGCAGCAAGCACGUACUAAAUAAUUUGGGCACCAAGAUAUACCCAGAAGACUACUGUUCCACGUUUUACAAACGAAAUAAACACGGUUAUAUGUUUAUUCGGGAGCCCUCCAGCUCCUUAAAAGUCAAUUCGAGCGGACCUAAGUCAUGGGUGACUAUAAAGCUCAAGCUCGGUAACCAGGACACACAAAAGCUCAAGGUCGAUGUUCGAAAGUUACCUGAGUGGAAGCCAAUCAAUUUGAAUCUGAAUUUUGUUCCAAGAAAGCAUGGUAGAAGAGAUCACCGGAAUAAAUUAAUAGAGGGGAGCCAUCGAUCGCGCAAAGCUCAACCAAGAGGUUAA